GUCAGAUUCAGGAAACGUCCCCUUGUUGCGGUCGGAGCCAAAGCAUCGAAGUGCAAUCAAUGGUUUUCUCCAUGCAGUCAAGAAGCUGCCCUGCCAAAUUGCCAGCUUUAUAGUGGCACACACCUUCGGACGACGUAUGCUCUACCCAGGCUCUGUCUACCUGCUGCAGAAGGCUCUGAUGCCCAUGUUACUUCAAGGACAGGCUCGGCUGGUGGAGGAAUACAAUGGAAGACGAGCCAAGUUGGCAGCUUGCGAUGGGAAUGAAAUCGACACCAUAUUCGUAGAUCGAAGGGAAACUUUGGAGCGACAAGGCAGGAAACUAGUGAUUUGCUGUGAAGGAAAUGCAGGCUUCUAUGAAGUAGGCUGUAUCUCUACUCCUUUGGAUGCUGGAUAUUCUGUGCUGGGAUGGAAUCACCCUGGGUUUGCAGGCAGCACCGGAGUGCCCCUGCCGCAGAAUGAAGCCAAUGCCAUGGAUGUGGUGGUGCAAUAUGCCAUCCACCGCCUGGGCUUCCUUCCUGAAGACAUCAUCCUCUAUGCCUGGUCCAUUGGGGGCUUCACAGCCACUUGGGCAGCCAUGUCUUAUCCCGAGGUCAGCGCCGUUGUCCUGGAUGCCUCCUUUGAUGACCUCGUGCCUCUCGCUCUCAAGGUCAUGCCGGAAAGCUGGAGAAGCUUGGUCACCCGGACAGUGAGACAGCACUUAAACCUGAACAACGCGGAGCAGCUCUGCAAGUAUCAGGGUCCCGUAUUGCUGGUCCGCAGAACCAAAGAUGAGAUCAUUACCACCACGGUUCCUGAAGAUAUAAUUUCUAACAGAGGGAAUGACUUACUGCUGAAGUUAUUACAGCACAG